AUGGACCCUAUAGAAGGUAUACCUGAUGAAAUAUUAAAAGAAAUAAACGAACUGGAAAUGUUUGUUAUAAAAAAGGAAGAAUUAAAUAAUAUCAUAGAUAAAUUCGUUCAACAAUUAGAGAAAGGAUUAUCAAAACAAGGGGAAACAAUUCCUAUGUUUCCCACAUGGAUUUUAGGAUACGCCAAUGGAGACGAACAAGGCACCUAUUUAGCUCUUGAUAUAGGUGGUACUAAUUUUAGAUUAUGUAAAGUUAAUUUAUACGGAAAGAGAAAAUUUGAUAUCGUACAAUCAAAUUACAACAUUUCUCAAGAAUUAAAGAAAAGUAAUUCAGACGUAUUUUUUGGAUUCGUAGCGAAAUGUCUUAAAGAUUUUUUGAAAGAACAUCAUGAAAUCAAAAAAGACAUAACACUAGGGUUUACUUUUUCAUAUCCAUGCAGACAAGACAGAAUUGAUCAAGGGAUUCUCAAACAUUGGACAAAAGAAUUCGACAUAAAAAAUGUCGAAGGUCAUGAUGUUGUAGAAAUCCUUACCAAAGCAAUUGAGAAAGAAAAUAUUUCUGUAAAAGUUGUUGCUCUAGUAAAUGAUACUGCCGGUACUUUAAUAGCUUCAAAUUAUGUCGACAGUACAACAGAACUUGGUGUGAUUUUUGGAACAGGAUCUAAUGCUGCAUACAUGGAACAAGUAAAAUACAUUCCAAAAAUUAAACAUUUAAAUCUGCCUCCAGAUCUUCCUAUUGCUAUAAACUGCGAAUGGGGUUCAUUCGAUAAUGAGCAUCUCGUUCUUCCACGUACAAAGUAUGAUAUUCAACUUGAUUUAGAAUCUAGAUCUCCAGGACAGCAAACAUUUGAAAAAAUGGUAUCUGGGUUUUAUCUAGGAGAAAUCCUAAGACAAAUUUUAUUGGAUUUAUAUAAGAAAAAAUUAUUUUUUAAAGAACAAUAUCUUGAAAUGUUGAAAUGUCCGUAUUCUCUUCAAACAUCAUAUUUAAGUAUUAUUGAACUAGAUACUCAUGAAGAUCUUACAGAAACAUAUAAACUUUUCAAAACACAAUUUCAUAUAGAAUGCACAAUAUUUGAAAGGAAAAUUAUUAAAAGAAUUACGAAAUUGAUAGCAAAGCGAUCUGCAUAUCUCAGCGCUUGUGGAAUAGCAGCAAUAUGUAAAAAAAAAAAUAUUAAGGAAUGUUCUGUAGGUGUGGAUGGCAGUGUAAUAAAUAAAUAUCCUGGUUUUAAGAAACAGGUUUGCGAUGCAUUAAAAUGUAUACUUGAGCCAUAUGGAGACAAAAUUAAAUUAAUCAAUGCACAAGACGGAAGUGGUGUUGGUGCAGCUAUUAUUGCUGCUAUAACUACUCAAAGAAAAGAAAAGGGCGAAUUCAUUCAUAUUUAA